AUGACCACACGUCUAGUUUUCCGUCGGCACAACCAUUAUAAUACCGCCUCGAACCGUGUGAGGCGCGUCAAAACCCCUGGUGCGAAGGUCGUAUACCUCAACGUCCGCAAGCAGGCUUCUCGCCAGAAGUGUGGGGGAUGCGGAAGGCUCCUUCCGGGGAUCCCUGCACGCCGCCCUCCUCAGUUAAGGCUGUUGAAGAAGCGCGAGAGGAGAGUCAACCGUGCAUAUGGCGGCACCCGAUGCCACUUUUGCGUUCGCGAGAAGGUGCUUCGUGCCUUCCUGGUUGAAGAGCAGAAGUGCGUGAAACAAGUCCUACAAGUCAAGGAGAAACAGAAGAGGGAAGAGGUGAAGAGCGAGAACAAGAAAAACAAGAAGCGCACCAAGUGA